AUGCCUCCAAAAACACCAAGCAAAGGUUCGAAAAAAGCUGUAACAAAAACAAGCAAAGGUGGAAGUGCCAAAGGUGAAAAAAAAGUUAAACGUCGACGAAAGGAAACGUACUCUAUCUAUAUCUACAAAGUAUUGAAACAAGUACAUCCAGAUACAGGUAUAAGUUCAAAAGCCAUGUCAAUUAUGAAUUCGUUUGUGAAUGAUAUAUUUGAACGUAUAGCUGCUGAAUCAAGUCGGUUAUCGCAUUAUAAUAAGCGUUCGACAAUAUCGUCACGUGAAAUUCAAACAGCUGUGCGAUUAUUGUUGCCUGGAGAAUUAGCUAAACAUGCUGUUUCGGAAGGAACAAAAGCUGUAACCAAAUAUACAAGUGCCAAGUAG